UUUCGUUUUAGCAGCUGACACUUUUCGAUUUAUCAGAGUUUUUUUUUAAUAACAAACAUUAAACAAAAAAGAAAUGGGUCGCUUUAAUUAAAAAUUUUAAUAAUUUACAUAUGUACAUAUUUAUUUACUAAUCAAAAAUAACAUGACGAACAAAUCGAAAAUUCUUAAUAAUUUAAUAUUUUUUAUAAUUCUCACAAUCCUAACAAAUUUUCCAAUAAUACACUGCACAACUAAUUUUGUUGAUAAUGCUAAAACUCUAGUUUAUGGUCCAGGAUUAAAACCAGAUGUUAUAACGUUACCUGCACGCUACUUUUUUAUUCACGCUGUUGACAAAAGUGGUGUAAAGUUUUCAGUUCCUCCGUCCGCAAAAUUUUUAUUUAUUCUUGAAGGCCACUCUCCUUAUGGCAAAUGCCGGUACCAUCAUGAAAUCAUAGAUCGAGGAGAUGGUUCUUUUAUUGUGCGCUAUAAAAUACUCGACUACUGUGAUAACGUUGAAUUACAUAUUAAAUAUAAUGGUAGUCACGUAGCUGAUUCGCCAUAUUUGAUUAAAAAAACUAUAUAUUCGGAAAAAUGUUAUUGUCCAAAAGAGCUCUCAGUGUGGCUGCACGAUAAUGAAUGCAGGAGAGAGGAAAACAGAAUAACUUCAGAUUUGCAACCAUUUAAAAAAGUAAAUUUUAGUUCUAUACGAGAGAGUUUGUUGAAAAAAUUCAACUCGCCAGGAAGUAUAUCACUUUGCCAUUACGUUAUUAGAAAUCAAGAAAUUUAUAGAGUUUGCUAUGGCAAAUAUACCGGUUUCAAAAUGUUCAUGGAUUCAAUGUUGCUUUCAAUGACAAGGUUGAUGAAAUUACCCGACAUUGAAUUUUAUUUAAACUUAGGAGAUUAUCCUUUGUCAAAGAAAGGGGGUAAACAAAGGACAUCUGGCCCCUAUCCUAUAUUUUCUUGGUGUGGUAGUUCUGACACAUACGAUAUCGUGCUUCCCACGUAUGAUAUCACUGAAUCAUCACUGGAAAGUAUGGGACGUGUGACUCUUGAUAUGCUUUCAGUUCAAAAAAGUGUUUACCCUUGGUCAGAAAAAGAAAAUAAAGCUUUUUGGAGAGGUCGGGAUUCUAGAAGAGAAAGGUUAAAUCUUAUUGAUUUGAGCAGAAUGUAUCCAGAUAUAAUAAACGCUUCUAUAACAAAUUUUUUCUUCUUUCGGGAGGAGGAAGAAAAAUAUGGACCAAAAGUAGCGCACAUCUCAUUUUUCGAAUUUUUUAAGUAUAAAUUUCAAAUUAAUAUUGAUGGAAGUGUGGCAAGUUAUCGUUUGCCUUAUUUAUUAGGAGGCGAUGGUACCGUUUUUAAACAAGAAUCCCCGUUUUAUGAGCAUUUUUAUUUGAAAUUAAUACCUAAUAAACAUUUUAUUCCUAUAAAGAGAGACUUAUCUGAUUUAGUCAGCAAAAUUAAAUGGGCGAAAGAAAACGAUGCUAGAGCUAGAGAAAUUGCUAAAGAAGGUAGAAAAUUCGCUGAAAGCAAUUUAUUGUCCAGUCAUAUAUAUUGUUACCACGCUAUUCUUUUCGAGGAAUGGAGUAAACGUCUUGUUAAUUCAGUCGCCAUUCUACCUGAAAUGGAAGAAGUUCAACAAGAUUUUAAAUGUAGCUGUAAGGAAAACCCCUUCUCAAUGAAAGAUGAGCUCUAGUAAUUUCCGCGAAAAUUUAUUUUAGAUUUUUAAUUUAUGUACAUGUAUGUUUAACUCUAUAUGAUGUAUGGGUAUAAAGAUGUUUUCAGGAUAUUAGAAUUAAGUAUGUAGCUAUUUAAUAUUUAAAUGAUGAAAAAUGUUUUUGUGAUGUGUACAUUUUAUGUCAAUAAUUAAAAAAUUACUUUCAAA